GGAAGUGGCGAUCAGUAGUGUGGGCUCAACGCUAAGUAGUAUUUGGGUGGUGUAUAUCAAAGGGUAAAGCUGCUGGCUUUCGUCCCUAAACGUGGAUAUUUUGAAGUGUCAAGAGGUACUCGUUAUCCAGUUUUUGGGCCGAGCAGUUGAACAGCGGGCAUAUAUUAUUAACGCUGUCUUGCUAACCUUUGUUGCGGCUAUGUAAAACUAGCUUGUUAGGUUUACGUCAUUUCAGCAGGUGCUACUCUGCUAGCUUAGCUUUACAUUGGGAUCUAUUAGCUUGUUAAACAGCUACAGUAGCUAAAAUUAAACAAGCUGGCAUCUAGAGGGAAUACGGCUCAGACUAGUGUGUGACAGGGAGUUUACUUAUGCUACUUCUCGUAGUGUGACCCGAGACUGCGACUGGAUGUUUAGUAAUAGAAAUAGCAGUAGUCACAGCUAGCAGAUUGUUAGCUUGUUAAAUAACAACAAUGGGCUAUAAGAAGUGUUUGAAAACAGCAAGGAGACUUUAUUUUUGGGGUAUUCUCUUCAUAGUGUUCAGCAAAGGAGUAACAGCUGAUGAGGAGCAACACCAGGACGAAGCACCAGAGUUAAAGUCCUACCAUGACCCAGACUCUGAAGAGGAAGAUGUUCGAUUAUCACCAGAAAUUGUGGCAGGUAUUUCUAUGACCACUGAUCACUCCCAUCCUGAAGAGGAAACACAGCCCCCUUCGGAGGGUCUAGAAGGAGAGGAGAAGGAGGACCUACCUGACCCACCUCCUCCUGUUGAGGAAAAACCUAAAGAGGUUCCUGUGGUGAAUGGAGGUACAGCCCAUGGAGAGCCCUGCAUAUUCCCCUUCCUCUUCCAGGAGACAGAGUACAUAGAGUGUACCACUGACGGGCGGGGGGAUGGACGGCUAUGGUGUGCCACGACGUACGACUAUGACCAGGAUAAGAAAUGGGGUUUCUGUGAGACGGAGGAACAGGCACAGCAGAGGCUUCAGGCUGAGGAAGCAGAGAAGCAGUAUCAGACUGUCCUGCGCAUGCUAAACUCCACCACCAGGAAGACUCAGAAAAAAGAAUUAUAUGAAAAGCUGCUAAAAGUGGCAGAAAAAGGCCACCAGAAAGCCAUGGAGAAGGUGGCGUAUGCCAUGCUGUUUGGAGAUUACAUGAACCAAAAUAUUACCAAGGCCAGAGAAAUGUUUGAGAAGCUUGCCAUGGAGGGCUCACCUAAAGCUCAGAUGGCUCUUGGAUUUCUGUAUGCAGCAGGGCUCGGAGUUAACUCAAGUCAAGCUAAGGCCUUGGUUUACUACACCUUUGGUGCACUGGGUGGAAACCUGCUCGCUCAUAUGAUUCUGGGCUACAGAUACUGGGGAGGGGUGGGUGUUCCCCAAAGCUGUGAGUCAGCACUAACGCAUUAUAGGCUUGUAGCAAAUCAGGUGGCCAGCGAUGUUUCCCUGACAGGAGGCUCAGCGGUGCAGAGGAUCAGACUGCUCGAUGAGGUGGAGAACCCGGGAUCUACCAGCGGGAUGUUGGAGGAAGACCUCAUCCAGUACUACCAGUUUCUAGCGGAGAAAGGGGACGUCCAAGCUCAGGUGGGCCUGGGUCAGCUGCACUUACAUGGAGGACGUGGAGUAGAACAGAAUCACCAGAGGGCGUAUGACUACUUCAACCAGGCAGCCAAUGCAGGCAACACACAUGCUAUGGCUUUUCUUGGAAAGAUGUAUUCAGAAGGCAGUGAGUUUCUCCCUCAGAAUAAUGAGACUGCCUUGCAGUACUUCAAGAAGGCUUCUGACCUGGGUAAUCCGGUGGGACAGAGUGGGUUGGGGAUGGCCUAUCUUUAUGGUAGAGGUGUGCCAGUGAACUACGAGCUGGCCCUCAAAUACUUCCAGAAGGCAGCAGAGCAGGGCUGGGUGGAUGGACAACUCCAGCUGGGCACCAUGUAUUACAAUGGCAUUGGCGUGAAGCGUGACUACAAGCAGGCUCUUAAAUUCUUCAACCUGGCCUCACAGGCUGGGCACAUCCUGGCCUUCUACAACUUGGCCCAGAUGCAUGCUACUGGUACUGGUGUGAUGCGUUCCUGCCACACCGCUGUAGAGCUUUUCAAAAAUGUGUGUGAGCGUGGUCGCUGGUCAGAGCGCCUGAUGACAGCGUACGGUAGCUUUAAGGAGGGUGACAUGGACGCUGCACUGGUUCAGUAUCUGCUGCUGGCUGAGCAGGGCUACGAGGUGGCUCAGAGCAACGUGGCCUUCAUUCUGGAUCAGAAAGGGGCAAGGAUCUUCAGUGAGAAUGAGACCUACCCUCGUGCAUUGCUCCACUGGACAAGAGCUGCAGCGCAAGGUUACACCGUGGCAAGGAUAAAACUGGGAGACUAUCAUUUCUAUGGCUACGGAACGGACGUGGACUACGAGACGGCUGUCAUUCACUAUAGGUUGGCAUCUGAGCAGCAGCACAGCGCACAGGCCAUGUUUAACUUGGGUUACAUGCAUGAGAAAGGCCUGGGUAUCAAACAGGACAUCCACCUAGCCAAACGGUUUUAUGACAUGGCUGCUGAGGCCAGUCCUGACGCCCAGGUUCCAGUUUUUCUAGCUCUGUGCAAACUGGGCCUGAUUUAUGCUCUCCAGUACCUGCAGGAUCUUAAUUUGAAGGAGCUGAUUUCUCAGGUGGAUCUGGACCAGCUGCUGGGCCCAGAGUGGGAUCUCUACCUCAUGACGGUCAUCGCCCUACUGCUAGGCACAGUCAUCGCCUACCGACAGCGCCAACACCAAAUCAUAGUGCCACCUCGCCCACCUGCCCCAGCGCCUCCUCCCAGGCCGCCUCAGGAACAACCACAGGGCCAGGCCGAGCCCCAGGCUCAGGAAGAAACACCAGAGCAGGGCCCGGCCCAGGAAGAGGAGGAGCAGCACUGAGAGGGAGGCAGACGGAGUGAGGGUGGUGAAAGAUGGACAAGAGGCUCACUGCAUGGAGCACCAGUAGCUGAAUACCUGCUACAUUGAGCACCUCGCCCACUCUGCCUGUUCCCCGCCAUGUGUGUGUGGGUUUUUUUUUUUUUUUAAAAAAAGGCUUGAUGAUGGCUGCUGAACUGUUCAGUCUCACCUCUUUCUUCCUUUAAAAUAUGCUGGUCUUCUGCUGAAACCGACACAUCGUGGGUGUUAAUGGACAACACUGCAGUAGAGAGUGUUUGGACUUGGUACUUUUUGACUCAGGAUACUGCCAGACGUUCCCCCCGUGUCCUCAACAUGGAAUUAGUCUUGUGGUUGCCAGAUCAAAAGCAUUACAAACUCAACUGAGAAAAUUACACUCGUUAGACAGCUUCAUUCCCAAUUUUGUUCAGUAUUUAAAAAAAGUCUGGGUGGAAAAUGUGAAGUAAAAUCAUUUUCAUUUCUAGCGCUGGUCUACUUGGUAAAAGAAAGUCCUGGUUCUCUGCAUGUCUUCUCUGAUCUCCUUGCAGACUUUGAGUUUAGCCUUUUUUUUUGAGCUAACUGAUGAGUGAACAAAUUUUGCAUUCCUUUAUGCUUUGCAGUUUUGCAUUCAUUAGUUAUUUUGGGUGACAUGUUGUCAGAUCAAUAAGUGCUAAAUAUACUAAAACUAUGCUGAGUCAUCAGCACAAGAACAAUAGUUUGGGAAGUUCUCACUGACAGAAAAGCUGGGCUGUGAAGUAGGUGAUGUUUGCUGAUGCACACGGGGAUUAAAAUGUGUACAGAAACAUCAAAGUUAAUUUAAAAAGCAAGCGAGAGGAAUUUAAACUUUUUUGGAAGUUGUACACUACAGUAUGUGUACAUUUUUUUCCAACACUGUUCUUUGAUUUAAUUAUUGUUGCUGGUUUUGAAAGGCAGCUUAGUAUUUUUUUUUUUUUUUUAAAUGCCAACUGUUAUCUGGAGCAGCCUUAAAGAUAGCAGCAACUUAAACCUUGCAUUGUUUCUACAGUAGAGGAAGUGGAUCACAUUUCUUUUUUUUUCCCUUUUGUUUUGUUCUAAAACUUCAGCUGUCGUGACAAUUUCCACCCCCUCACCAAACGUCCAAGUUGGAAAUCUGCCUACACUUCUGAGAUCAGAUGGACAUGAAUCCGAGGCUGCAUUGAAAAGCAAACGAAGCCACGGUUAGACCAUGCAGCAUUUCUGGAACCAAGAUCUGAAAUUUCAUUUUGUUUUUUAUUUUUGUUUUUUUCACUUCAUUUGUUUGUUUUUUCUCAUUUGUUCACUUCCACAAAAUGUACUAAAGUUAGUGUUUAACUGCCAAUAGAUAUGCAUGAUUGAACCCCAGAAGGAGAGCGUAGUGUUGUUUGCAGGAUGAUUAGAAAUAAGUCCAAACUGUUUCCUGCUUUCACACAUCGGCACCCACAUAACUCACAAUUGGUCUGAAAUAAAACACUGGGCAAAGUUA